CCUGGGGUGCCCAGUCCCAGGAGAGCCGCUCUCUGAGGAGGACGCAGCUCCCUGGGUCUGUCUGCGCUGGACGCCCACAGCGAUAGAGGCCGACAGCGACAGACAUCGAUAUCAACAAGAGCAAAGGCAACUCCAAUUCCCGGUUUCCAGCCCCUUGCUCAGCUGGCUGGAGGCCCCCAGCGGGCAGUGGCUGGGGCAGUGUCAGGUCAGUCCUGCCACUGUCACAGACUGAGGAGGAGGAGAGGCCCUUUGCUGAGAUGGAGCGUGAGGUUUCCCAGUGGGAAGUUGACAGUGAGGAAGAGCUUUCCCAAUGGGAAGAUGUGCAAGGGAUGCACCAGAAAGAAAUGCAGAGAGUGAAACAAAAGUCCCAGGGAAGAGCCUGGGGCAGCCAAGAGCUGUACCAACACCAGAGUCAGAACAUCAGCGAGGAGAUCCUGAUCCAGGAACUGACAGACAUCUAUAAACUGAUGGAAAAGCUGCAGGAAGAGUAUGCCCUCCAACAACAGAUGCCUGUAGAAGAAGAAACACAGCCCAGCUCUGCCAGAGCCAUAGGCAUGGAGGUGGCAGCAGAGGCAGCACCUGCCCUGCCCAGCACCUCCCCUGUCCCAGGCAGUCCUACAGAGGCCAAGCCAGCAGCUGCUGCCCCAGCUGCAGCUCAUGAGAAGGAAGAGCCCAAGCCUCUCACUCCUGAGGAGGUGAAGGCUGCAGCUCCUUCUCUCUUCAGUGAGCAACUGCCAUCACCUGGGACACAGAGCUCAUCCAGUGUCCCCUCCGACACCCUGACCAGCAGCCUGGCUUCACUAUGCCAGGAUCAGGACAACACCGAGGAGAUCCUGAUCCAGGGACUGACCGACAUGUACCAGCUGAUGGAGAAGCUGGAGGAAGAGUAUGCCCUCCAACAACAGAUGGCUCUAGAAGAAUCACAGCCCAGCUCUCCCAGCCCUGUGGGUGCAGCAGAGCCAGCAGAGGAAGCGCCUGCCCUGCCCUGCACCUCUCCUGCCCCACAGAGUCCCACGGAGCAGACCAUCAACAGGGAGAUCUUGAGCCUGGUGCUGCAGGAGAUGCAGGCACUGAAGCAGCAGCUGGCUGCCCUUCAACUGGGCUUGGCCGUAAAAGAAUCAGCAGUGGCAGCCAAAAGGGAAGAGAGAUCAGUGCCUGCCCUGCUGAGCACCUCUCCUGCCGCACAGAGUCUCACGGAGCAAGACACCAACAGGGACGUCCUGAGCCAGGUGCUGCACGAGCUCCAGGCACUGAAGCAGCAGCAGAAUGAAGUCCAUGCCCUUCAACAGCAGUUGGCGGACAAAGUGGAAUCACUCGAGACAGCCAAAAGGGAAGAGAGCUCAGUGCCUGCCCCGCACAGUCCCCCCAGCCCCUGGCCUGCCCAGCUGGGAGUCCACGCCUCCAGGGAGCAGCUGGAGGAGGCAGCAGUGGGGUCAGCAACACAGGCAGAGGUGGAGAGGACGGACGACUCGGAUGAGGAAAUGAAAUGGUGGCAAUUCCUGGAUGAUCUGGAGCCUUUCCUGGUGAGAGAGCCAGAGGUGUCCCAGGUGUCUGUCACAGGACUGACAAUGAGAAUUUCCUUGGCAGAAGGGAUCCCAGAGCUUGCCCCUUGUGAGGCUCCUGUUGAGCACCCGGCACAGGAGCCGUGCAGCCAAGGGCCAGUGCCUGCCCCACAGAGCCCCCCCAGCCCCCGGCCUGCCCAGCUGAGAGCCCAGACCCCCAGACAGAGGCAGCAGGAGGGGGCAGCAUCAGCAUCCAUGUGGGCAGUGCAAGAGAGCGAGGAGGGGAGCUUGGCUGGGGACGACAAAGAGUGGGAAGAUGCCAUGGAGCCAGAGCCUUCCCUGUGGAAGAAUAAGGAAGAGGCAGAGGUGUCCGAUGGAGAAAUGAAGGACUCCUAAGAAGUGUCCCAGGGAGAAGAGUGCCCUGAACAGAAGGUGUCCCAGGAAGAGCUCUCUGACUGGGAAGAGCGCACAGAGGCAGAUGUGUCCCAGGGAGAAGUCACAAGUCACCAUGAAGACUGUGCCUGGGAAGAAUACUUGCCUGAGCA